AGACGUACGAGGGAAGAUCCUAUUGGCUUUUCCUGACGACAAGCUUAGAAUGAGUUCUCCCACCGGCCAACUGUCCGUCAGCAGACCCACAACUCCGCGAACCCCAGCCCGCACUCCCACGCGAACUCCUUUACAAACUCCUUUGCGAACUCCUCUACGAAUCUCAGCCACAACUACGCCUAGACAGUCCCCACAGUCGCCCCCUCGCGUGGCCAGUAUAUUGCGAAAUGCCACCCCCCGGGUGACUCCCCGAAGACAUACCCCGAAAAGGCCCGUGACCCCCUAUGGACGAUUGGCGCUUGAGAAUGUCACUCCCAGAAGGCGGCACAGGGGCCAUAUAAAGAGAGACACACCCACCAACACUUUACGACUUUUAUCUCGGGUCAUUGUCAAGGAGAAAGCAGUGGAGGCUCAGAGGGAGGCUGAAAGAGAGGCCGAGAGAGCGGUUGAGAUAUCCAGGCUCAGGGAGUUGCAGCGAUUGGAUGCAUUGGCAAAGAAAGAGCCUCUCGAGCGGUCUCACAGCAGGAUUGUCCAAUCCCCGGACGGCGUUUCCGAGCAUGACUUGGAUAUAAGGUCUCCAGGUAUUAUGAGGUCUGGCGAUGGAAACGCCCACGAGCGAGCUUUAAUACCACCCGCCUAUGGCUCUCCAGGACAAACCUUUUCUAUGGCGAUUCAUGAACAAACACACAUUGUGAGAUCUUCCGUUACCCGGGGACAUAGUCUCAACCCCCCCUUUGAUAGCUCUAAUGCACAGCACCUUCAUGCUGGGUCCCCCAGGUACAACUCCCAGGAACCCAGCGUAUUGGGCUCACCGGCAAACUUUGCUUCUCGUGAUGAACGCAGUCUUGGCGUGGCAUCUGAAAAUGAAAACUACCAGGACUUUGAUAUGGGAGGGGACUACCCCCCACCGGACUUGGACUCUGAUUUUCUCGUGCGAGAAAAAGGACGGAACAGGCAGUCCUUGCGGAGCGACUUGUUUUCCGAUAUCGCCAUUCCUGAGGGAAUCAUGCCUGAUAUGGGGAGAGAUGUGUUUGCCGAGAGUGAUUUCAUUAUUCGGGACCCGUCUCCACAUCCCCUUUCCGAUCUGGAACUCCAGUCGCCACCUCUAUUUUCCGAUCCAGACCUCCCGCCUGGUCCCGAAGGCGUGAAUGUGACAGUGCGGAAACGGCCUUUGGCUAAGAAUAAGCGACUCCCCAGACCCCAGUCCGUGGCGGCGUUGCCAAAGAAACUCGUUAAUAAUCUCGCAGCCCAGUUUUUGCAGUCCAAACGGCCAGUGUCUGGCGAGAUGGCCAACGUGCUAUCAUCGAUGACUGACGAGUUUUUUUCCCAGCAGGUGCUGGAUCUCGAGGCGUAUGCCAGGCACGCGGGCAGGAAGACGAUAGAUACGGGCGAUGUAAUUCUUCUCAUGCAGAGACAGAAGUUGUUGGAGCGGUCUGAUGGGUUACGGGGAAUAGGCAGUGGAAGGACGGUUGGGGGUCUCUUUCGUUUGGCCCAUGACCACUUACCGUUGGAGAAUUUGAUUGAGGUGGAGAAGUGGAUUUUGAAACGCGAGGAAAAGCUUCACCGGAAGCUUGCCAAGAGACAACCAAAGGUUGAGGAUCUGGACGAGGGUUAAGCGAGGGGUGCUUCCAUUCCAGUUAAGGUUUUAUCAUGAAUAUAACCUUUCGGGAGUCGAGGUUGAAAAGAUACGCGUCAGAGUCAGAUCUGUUGCUGUUUCGGGAUUGGUCAGGAUAGAUUGCCUCUGUUGACAAGUGUUAAUUAUAUUAUACCGUCCAAUUUCUAGUACACCAUGGAUGUACUUCUCUCGCCUGGGUAAGUUUUAGUGAUCGAUAACCUCCGGCAGACGGAAAAUUAGUCAGAACUAGUUCAUAUCAAGCAUAAAUACAAUUAGCUUUGUAAUACUCUCUGA